GUAUAAGUGAGGUUAUGUUUCACUACGGAGUAACGCGACAUCUAUUAGUAUUAAUUAGAAUUAACAAAAAUUGAUGUUUAUUAAUCUAACCUCAAAAAUAACAUUCAAAAAGUUAUUUGUAAAGAAAUGAUUUGCUUUUUUAAAUUAAUAACAUCGUUUUUAAUCAUUUCUAACGUCUUAGCUGAUAAUGCUUUGGAGCAAUUUGCUGCUAAUAGUAAGGGGCACACAAAUAAUUGGGCCGUUUUAGUAGAUACUUCAAGAUUUUGGUUUAAUUAUCGUCAUGUUGCAAAUGUUCUUUCAAUUUAUCGUAGUGUUAAAAGACUUGGAAUUCCAGAUAGUCAAAUUAUCCUUAUGAUUGCUGAUGAUAUGGCUUGUAAUCCGAGGAAUCCUCGCCCAGCUACAGUUUUUAAUAACGCGAAGCAACAUAUUAACGUGUACGGAGAUGAUGUGGAGGUAGAUUAUCGAGGAUAUGAAGUUACUGUUGAGAAUUUUAUACGAGUAUUAACAGGGCGUUUACCUCCUGAAACUCCGCGAUCAAAGCAGCUACUUACUGAUGAAGGGAGUAAUAUUUUGAUUUAUUUAACUGGGCAUGGGGGUGAUGGAUUUUUAAAAUUCCAAGAUUCUGAGGAAAUAACCAGUCAAGAAAUGGCUGAUGCCUUAGAACAAAUGUGGCAAAAACAACGAUAUAAUGAAAUAUUUUUUAUGAUUGAUACAUGUCAAGCUGCCUCAAUGUAUGAAAAGUUUUAUUCACCUAAUAUUUUAGCUGUUGGUAGCAGUUUAGUUGGUGAAGAUUCAUUAUCUCAUCAUGUUGAUGCAUCAAUUGGAGUGUAUAUUAUAGACCGUUAUACUUAUUAUGCUCUCGAAUUCUUGGAACAAUGUGGAGCUGGAAGUAAAAGAACCAUGGCUGAAUUUCUGAGGGUUUGUCCAAAAUCCCAAUGUAUUUCAACAGUUGGUAUAAGAACUGAUUUAUUUAAACGAAGAUUAACUGAAGUACCAAUAACGGACUUUUUUGGGUCAGUUCGACCUGUUGAAUUAACAGUAUUAAAUAACCACACCAUUCCAAUAAUUAAAAACGUAAAUAAACCCAAAGAUAGCGUUUUAAAGAAAAAUAAGUACAGUUUUGUACCUGCUUUAUCAUAUUAGUUUUUAUUAGCAUUUUGAAAUAGUCAAAUUUUUCAAUAAAAAGAAAUUAACAAGC